AUGGCUGACGACGAAGAAUAUUUUCUCCCCUUAGAAGACCAAUCUAUUUUCGGCGCAGGAAUAAAAAGAAAGCGAGUCUUGUUUGUUCGUCCAACAGACGCACCCUCUGCGCCCGACAAUGACUCUCUCUUUGCACCAGUAACCGCAUCUUCGACGCCAGGACCACGCUCAGCAGAUUCAGGUUCAGGAACCCUAGGAGAAGAGUAUCUUUCUAUUGUGCUAUCCAGAUCUUCCAGCUCCGCCCCUGCCACCGCUCCUGAUCGCUCUACACCGCCCCAAAUCCCAUCCACGACAGCACCUGAAGACCCUUCACGAAGGCUUUGCGAUAUCUGCAAUCUACCGUUGUCACAGCUACCACCCGCGGUAUCGGAUAGAAGAUAUCCGCCUCAUCCACAUGAAAGCUCUCUCGUUCACCAAGUCAGCCUCCCCCACUCUCACCCGCCCUCCGCUAUCGACCGCACCCGGCACGGAUACAAGUACCUCUCUUCCUACGGCUGGGACCCAGAUGCCCGUGUUGGCCUAGGACCAAACGGCAGUGGGAUUCGGGUGCCCAUCAAAGCAGAGUUCAAGCGUGAUACUACGGGUCUCGGUGUGGACGUCAAGAGGUUGACUGAUCUGGAGAAGCAGGAAAGAGAAAACCGGAGAACAAUUGGCAAACUAAACGCAAAACAGGUCAAGCAAAAAGAUGCCGAGGAAAAGAGAAAAUCAGAUAAGCUCAGAGAACUAUUCUAUGCUUCCGAAGACGUAGAAAAAUAUUUAAGUGGUGCUUAA